AGUAUAUACUUAUCUUGAUGUUUUUGAUUCUGAUGAACCGUCAAAAAAGGAUGAUCCUUUGGGUACCGCGAAGGUUGAUCUUACCGAUGUAUUCACUAAAGAAGUUGUUGAGAAGACAGAACAAUUAGUAUCAUCAUCUAUUCUUGGUCUGGCUUUGUCUAAACAAGGUUCAAUCACUUUCAG